GUUUAAAGGUUUAAACAAAACGGCCGCGCUGUGGUUCCGGUUUUAAAGACCUUAGCUUUCUAGCUGUUUUCCCCCCAGAAAUAACUAUGAUUUUGACCGUUUAAGUGGCUCUGAAUAUGUGUGACUGAUGGUUCAUCGUAGGGUAACUAUUUUAAUAACUGAGAUCGAAAUAACACGCUGAGAUAUUUGGAAAAAAUGAGUUGGGUUGAUGAUGAGUGGAAAGAGGGCCUUUCUCACAAGGCACUCAAGAAGGUACAGGAAUUGGAAACAAGCUUAGACAGAUUGAGAAAGGAUCAUAAACAAAAGUUGUUCCAGUUAGAUACACUGGAUGGUGCGUAUAAGAAACAAGUCAGAAAAUUGGAGGAAGCAAAAGCAGGAACUACGAACUUGGCACGUGAAAAUCAAAGUCUUCUAGAAUCAUGCCGUGAUCUUGAGAAUAAACAAGAGAAAUUGCAGCAAGAGUUGCACGCCAAAGAGUCUCUUAUUGCUUGCAUUGAAGGCCAGCUGUCUCACUCAAAGACAUCGCUAGCAUCAGAGGCUCACAAAACAAGUCAAAUUAAAGGUGAACUUGAGAGAGCUCAAGCAGAAUGUCUAGAUGUUGUAUCAAAACUAGAACGAAUGCAAUCAGAUUAUGGUCGUCUGCAAGAAAAUUGCACUCAUCAAAAACAUCAGAUUGAUCGUUAUGCUGAGAAGAAUAAAUCAUUGGAAGGUGAACUGAAGAAGUUACAACAUGAGGUUGAUAGGCUGGGUGGCUCCAGAUCAUACAGUACAUCCUCCAGAGAGAGUUCUUCAGAAGACGAAGGUAAAAGCUUAAGAAAACGACUAAUGAGCAUGGAAGCUGAAAAUGACAAAUUAAAGAAUGAAUUAAAGACAUACAGAGAUAAGGUUGAAACUUCAAGCACAGGACAAAGAGAUCUUUUGUCUUUUGAUAACUCUGUCCCAGCCCCAGUUGUAGAUCUGCUUUCUUUUGAUCCAUCUCCAAAGAAACAGUCUACUGAUUUGCUUUUGUUUGAGCCACAACCAAGUAAGGCUGCAGUAGUGGACCUGUUGGGUGGUGAUCAGGAUUUUUUUGGUGGACCAACAUGUGGACUGAUAAACCAUAAUCCACUGAUGAAUUCUUCUACAAAUGAUGUUGAAUUGGAAAAGCUCCAAAAAAUGGUAGAAAACCUGGAAAAAGAAAAGGAAGAGUUAAGAUGUAGUAGUCAUAAACUUGAACUUCAAGUUCAGACAAAGGAAAAAGAAGCUGCUAAUCUGAAGACCGAAGUUCAAGAUCACCGCAAUCAUUUAGAAGAAUACAAAAAAGAAAUGCUGCAAAAAGAUGAAAGAAUAAGUAAUCUGAUAGUAGAGAGCAACAACGAAAGUUCUAGAACUAAGGAAGCUAACACUAAGCUUGCUGAAUCUGAAAGAAAAUUGAAACUCAUUGCACAAGAAAUGGAGUGCCAGCGACAUAAUUUUGAGGCUGUUAGGCAAUCUCUUGAUCAGAAACUUAAGGAGAAGGAAAAAUCACAUAAAAUGGAAGUUUCAGAGCAAGUACAGGCCAACAUUCUUAUGGAAAAGCAAUUGAAUGAAACAAAAAACAAGAUGCAACAAGAAGUGAAUCACUUGACAAAUGAGCGCAACAAUUUACAGACUCAACUUGAAAGAAUGCAAAGUAAGAGUACAAAAGCUGAACUUGAGGUUAAUGACCUUAAGCUAAAGGUUAAUGUCUCAGAGCAAAGUAUGCGAUCACAUGAAAUAACAGAAACUCAACUGAACAAGAAGAUUUCAGAAAUCACAAAGGAGAAAGAUAUGUUGGCUUCCAGAUUGGAGCAGAGUACUUUCAAGUUGACUAAUCUAGAAGAUCAGCUCAAGAAAGUGAAGCAAGAACUUUCACAAAAUGAAGGAACCAUCAAUAACCUACAAAGGAAAGAAUCUGAGAAGGAAGCAGCCAUGGCAUCAAUGGGAGUUAAGUAUGAUGGCAAAAUCAAAGAAUUGAGUAACAUGCUAGAAAAUCUGAAAAUACAGUGUGCUGAUCUUCAGAAUAAAUUGUCAUCUGCUGAAGAUAUCAUGAAGAAACGUGAAUGCGAAGUUAGUAAGGUAAAUGUAAAGUUGGACUCUCUUAAGAUGGAGAAGGAAGUUAUGACAGAGCAAAUGCAGAAGAAAGAAAAGGAAGAUAGCUCAUUACAAGAAUCAUUGUCUUCUUUAAAACAAAGUCACCAAGAUUUACUAAAUACAGUUAAAAGAGAAAAAGAAGCAGCUAAAAAGUUAGAAAAUAUGGUAGAAGAAAAGGAUGUUAAACUUGCAGAGUUAGAAAUAUCUUCAUCUGAAAUGGCUAAAAAUAUUUCCAAUUUGAAGAGACAAGAAGGGGAGCUCAAGCAAGAGUGCCAGUGCAUGUUAAAUGCACUUAUGAAAGAGAAAGAGACUGUCAAGAAGUUCCAGAUUCAAGUAGAAGAAUAUGAGAGUAAAGCUUCAGAGCUUAAAGAAUGUAUUUCCAGUGGAAUUGAAAGGGCUAGCCAGCUGCAGAAGCAAGAAGAAUCUCUGAAACAACAAUAUGAAGAAACAUUAAGAAUGUAUAAUAUGGAAAAAGAAGAAAUUAAAGGGUGUAAACUUACUUUAGAAGAGAAGGACAACAAGAUCACAGAACUCGCAGCAUCAAUUGAAAAUGAAUUACUGAAGGUUUGUAGUCUACAAAAGCAAGAAGCAGAUCAUCUUGCCAGUAUUGAAGCACUGAAAGCAACUGUUGUAUCUCAUGUUUCUGAAAUUUCUACAUUAGAAUCUAAGAACAAAAAAUUGUGUGAGCUUGCGGAUGCAAAGAGCACUGAAGUAAGGGAUUUGACUGACAGGUUACAGGUGAUAUCUUCUGAAGCAGAACAUUUUAGAGCAAGAUUGGAGACUGCACAGGUAGAACUCCAAGAUGUUUCAAAAAACAAAAGUGCUAUGGAUGAUACAUGUGAAAAUCUUAAGUGUCUACUUAUCGGAAAAGACGAGAAGCUUGAGAAAUUGGAUGCAGAUUUGACAACAAGGAAGAAACUCUGUCAAGAACUUGAACAAAAAAUGCAUGAAGUAAUAUCAUUAGGCAAGGAGAAGGAAGCAGAAUUGUUGGAAGCAAAAUCAAGGUCAGAUGAAUCUCUUAGAAAACUUUCUGAAGAAGUUGAAGUCCAUAUUAAAUCAGCACUGGAAAGCCAGCAGAAAUUGGAGGAAGCAGUGUCAAAUGUUGAGCACAUUAGUGGACUUCUUGUUGAGAGGGACCAGCAAAUAGGCAACUUGGAUGAUGAAAUCAAGAAUCUAAAAACUGAAGCUUUGGCUGCUUGUCAGAGAGAAGCAAAAGUAAGAGAGUUAUUAGCUGAAACAUCUAAAGAACAUGAUUCUCUAAAAUUACAAAAUGAAGAAGUAGGUGUAAAGAUAAUGGCUGCAAAAAAAGAAAUCGAAGCUAAAGAGGAAGAGUUGCUUCUAAAGGAUAUUGAAGUCCAGCAAUUACAAGAUGUUAUGUUAAAUAAUAAGAAAGAAUUUGAAGAGCUAACAGCCAAACUUGAAGAGGUCCAUCAACACAACACAAUGGUGGUUGAGGAAAAAGAAACCAAGAUUCAGUUAUUGUCUACUGAAUGCAGUGAAGUAUCCUGUGAGCUCAAGAACAUGGGUGAGGCAUUACAGAAAUUGGAAAUAAUAACAAAGGAUACUAUACAAGAAAAUGAAAACCUUAAGGAUAAGGUGGCUGGACUUGAAGUAGUAGUUAAUGCUAAAAUGAUGGUCAUAAAAAAGCAAUCUGCAGAGAUGCUUGAACUCCAGGAGCAAAUUGAGAAUGUGUCUUCUACAUAUGAAAAAACAGUUGCAGACUUCAAAACAACCAACGAAUAUUUGACUAAUGAGAGUGAACAAAUAAAAGAGAUAAUUCACAACAAAGAAGAUGAGAUUACGAAAUUAAAGUCCUCAUUUGAGCAAACAUCCAAUUAUUUGGAAGACACAAAAGCAGAAUUGUCUACAAAAGUAACAGAGUUUGAAGGGUUAAAGAAAAAUAUGGAGAUGAUUAAGGAGCAAUUAGUCCAAAGCAAAGAUACCAUUUCAUCAAAGGAGAAGGAAAAAGAACUACUGCAAGCAAAUAUUCAGGACUAUGAGAAGAGAAUUGAUGAAAUUUCUGUCAAGAUGAAUGCUGAAAUUAGUCAGCUGGAACAAGAAAUGUGUGUCUUAGAAAGCAAGCUGGUUAAAUCUACUGAUUUAGUUCAAGACAAAGAAGAUGAGUUACAGCGUCUACAAAUGGAAAAAGAAGUUUUGUGUAAUGAAAGUCAAGCAUUACAAGGAUCACUUGAUAUUUUGCAAAUGGAUAUGGAAGACAUAACUGAUACUGUUGAAGCACUCCAAGAAAAGAAUCAGCAAAUUACUGAAGCCUUUGAUGCCAAAAACGAUGUCAUCAAGAAAAAUGAGUCAGAAUUUGCAAGUAUCAAAAAAAGCUUGGAAGAAAAAAUAAUCAAUCUGUCAGAUCAAUAUGAUAAUGCCACUAAACAUGUAUCCUCUCUAAAGGAAAUGCUUGAGAAAUCAUCCAAUAUUGUAAAUGCCAAAGAGGAAGAAAUUUUUGGUCUCAAUCAACAGAAUAGUACAUUAAAGGAAGAGAAGGAAAAAAUGCAAGGCCACCUAGAUCUUAUUCAAAUGGACCUAGAAGAUAAAGAAAGCAACUCAAAAGCCUUGUUAGAAAAGGUUGAGGAACUUGAGAGUGCAUUACAGACACACAAAACACUGCUCCUGAAAAAGGAAGAAGCCAUUGGUAUUGUUAAAAUAGAUAUGGAUAUAAUGUCUAGAAAAAAGGAUGAAGAGGUUUUAGGUUUUGAAGGAAAACUUUCAGAGAAAGAGUGCUAUAUUGAGGAGUUAACGUCAGGUCUAAGAGAACAGGAACAUGAAUUAAUGAUUCUGAGGCAAAAAGAAGCUGACCUUAACAGCAUCCUCGCAAAAAAGGAAUGUGAAGUACAUUCUUUGGAACUUGAAGUCAAGAAACACAAUGAGGAAAAAGAUGAAAUUAUGGAUUCAUUGAGCGGAAAGAAACAAAACAUAGCUGAUUUAAAAAAUGAGAUAUUCAGCAUGAAAGAAAAUCAAAGUCAGACAAUAGAAACAUUUAAGGAAGAAAUGCUACAAAAAGAAAUAUAUAUAUAUGAAAAGGAAGAAAAAAUACAACUACUUGAAUCUGAGUUGAAGGGUCUCAAUUCUUUAUCAACAGAACUAGAGGAGAAAUUAGAGUCUGAAAGACAAAUCUUGCAGCAAGAUGUUGAGCUAAGCGAAAUUACCAUUCAGAAGCAAAAGAAUUCAAUGGAAGCAUUAGAACACCAAGUUGAAGAAUUGAGGAAUAAGGUAGAAGUGGAGAAAUUGCACUUUUCAACAACAAUUGCAGAGAAAAAUUCUUGCUAUGAAAAGAUGGAAUCUUUUCUCAAAGGGGAAAUUGAACAGCUUCAAAGACGACUGGCUGAUUUACUUGAGGAAAAUCAACAAGCUAUUGAUGUUGAAAUGCAGAAUGUAAAGGCAUUACAGACAAAUUUAGAAGAAAACAUUGAAUGCUUAAAUAGAGAAAAAGAUAGAGCAAAUACAUUAGAAAGUAGCACACAACAGACAAUGGCUGAAAUGGAAUCAAGGAUGGCUGAAUGCAAUUCAAUCAUUAAAGAAAAUCAAAACAAUAUUCUAUCACUUGAAAAAGAAGUUACAGAGCUGAAUGACAAGCUAAUUAUCGCUUACCAAACAAUUGAGAAUCAUAAACAAGAAAAGAAUGACCAAGUAGAAAGCAUGAUGAAAGCUGACAAAGAAGUUAAACAAAUACGAUCGGAAAUGGAGCUCAACAUAUCAAUGCUUAGUUCAGAAUUACAACAAACAUCAACAAAACUGCGUGAGAUAGAAGAGAAUCUUGAAGAAGUCAUUAAGGAAAAACUUAAAAUUAAAAAUGAUUUAAGUCAAGCUCUUAGUAAAAACAUUAGAGAUUCUGAAAUAGCAACAAGUGAAAAAGAGUCCUUGCAAACCCAGUUAGAGUCUGUAGAAAAAGAAUGUGAUGAAUUAAAAGUUCAACAAGAAUCGAUGAAAAAUGACAAGGACAGUUUGUUGAAAGCUAAGAAAGAUUUAUGCCUUCACUUGAAAACAGCAGACAGUUCACUGGAAGAUCUGUUAUUAGCCAAAAAUGAAACAGAAUUAAAGUGUCAAGGGUUGUUGGAAGAUAAGGAAAAGUUAAGCUUAGAAAUAAGGGCCCUGAAAGCAGUAAUUUCUGAUUUGCAAUCAGAACUGGCUAUAAAGGAACGGCACCACUGUGACUCAAUCUUCUCCAUAGAGAGUGAAGUAAAAGCCCUGAAUCUUGAAAAAUUGUUACUUCAAGAAUCUAUAUCUGUAUUGAAGACAGAACACUUAGAUGCUGUUAAUAAAAUACAGGGGACAUUUAAACAUAUGAAAGAACAUUCAACAAUGUUAGAAAUGCAUCUAAAAGAGGAAAUAGAAGAUAAAGAGUCUAAAAUAAACUCUUACACAGAUAAGAUAAACAAUCUUACCAAAACUAUUGAAAUUAAAGAAGCAGAAAUGAUAUUGAGUGCUGAACAACUGAAUGAGAAUUCCACUGAUUUAGAACAAGUUAUUAAGGAUCAAAAAGAUAAGAUAGAACAACUUAAGGAGAAUGUUGAGGAACUAACAUCCAAUUUGGCACUUGAGAAAAUGUCAGCGUCUGAGAGCAUAACAGAAGUACGUUUGCAUUCUGAAAAAAUUGUGACAUCUUUGAAAACUGAAAUCAGACAACUAGAACAACAAUUAGUGGCUUUACGAGAAGAGCAUCAACAUGUUUUAGAUGCAGAAUUGUUGAAAAUAGAAGCUAUUGAACUCAAAUUGCAAGAAACAGCACAGUGUAUGAACAGAGAAAAAGACAGAGCAAAUGAAAUAGAAAUUAAUUCACAACAAACAACAGCAGGACUUGAAAGCAACAUUUCUGAAUGUAAUUUAGUAAUUAAAGACAGUGAAACCAAGAUUGCAUCACUGGAAACAGAAGUUGCAGAGUUGAGUGAUAAGUUGCAUAUGGCAUUACAAAGAACUGAAGAUCUCCAAAAAGAAAAGCAUGUUGAAGUUGCAAGUUUGAGGAAAGCUGACCAAGAAAUGAAGCAAAAACAAGCAGAACUUGAACAACACAUCUCCAAACUGAAUGCAGAUUCAGAAGUGCUGGCCAAAAAACUGAAAGUAAAAGAGGAAAAACUAGAAGAAGCUAUAAUGGAAAAAGAUAAAAUAGAAAACAAUUUAAAAGCAUUGAUGAAUGAAACAUCAAUAGCACUUGAAACUGCAUUGACAGAUAAAGAAUUGAUUCAGUCUAAAUUUGAAGAAAUUGAGAAAGAAAGGGAUAAUUUGAAAGAAAAUUUGGAAAGAGUUUUAGAAGAUCAUGAGGCAGUUAUCAUGGCAAAAGAAGAGUUGGAUUACCAGGCUAAAACUGCCAUAGAAGAAGUUGAAGUACUGAAUGGCAUAAAGAAAGAGCUGGAAGCUAAAAAUCAAAUCAUUUUGGAAGAUGGGGAAAAUAUGAAAUCUAAAAUUGUCUCAUUAGAAGAAAGAAUAAAAGAAUUUGAAGAAGAGUUGCAGAACACAGAACAGAAGCAAAUAGACCUGUUGCAAGAAAAUGCUGGUAGAUUUGAAGAAGACAUUCGCCUACUGAGGGAGGUUAACUCCAGUAGUCAGUCAAAGAUUGAAGAAAUGGAGAAAGAUAGACUUACUCAUGAACAGGUGGAGAAGAAAUUAAAACUCGUUGAAGAACAUGUUGCCAAUUUAGAAGGGAUCCAGGUUAGUUUGGAAUCUGAACUUGAAUCCUUGAAGUCACAGAAGACUGUCCUUGAGGAAGAGAAUAGGCAGCUUGAAAACUCAGUAGAAGAGAUACAGAAAGAUUCUGAAAACCAAGUACAGAGCAUUAAUGAAGCUUUACAGAUGGCAAAUUCCAAAGUACAGCAAACUUCAGAUGCGUUAGAAGGUCAAAAGGUGCUUGUUGACUUAAAACAACAAGAGAAACAAGAAUUAGAAAAAGAGUUGAAUGACAUUCAGAAGGAAUUUGAUGACUUUAAAGAAUCACAUAAGGUACAGAUUGAGACAUACGAACAGAAGUUAGGAAGUGAAGAGGCAAAUGCAGAAAAAGAGUUAAAAAAGGUGGAGAAAAAGUUAAACAUUGUUGAAGAUCAUGUUGCCAAUUUAGAAGGGAUCCAGGUUAGCUUGGAAUCUGAACUUGAAUCCUUGAAGUCACAGAAGACUGUCCUUGAGGAAGAGAACAGGCAGCUUGAAAACUUAGUAGAAGAGAUGCAAACAGAUUCUAAAAACCAAGUACAGAGCGUUAAUGAAGCUUUACAGAUGGCAAAUUCCAAAGUAGAGCAAACUUCAGAUGCAGUAGAAGCUCAAAAGGUACUUGUUGGCUUAAAACAACAGGAGAAACAAGAAUUAAAAAAAGAGUUGAAUGACAUUCAUAAGGAAUUUGAUGACUUUAAAGAAUCACAUAAGGUACAGAUUGAGACUUACGAACGGAAGCUAGAAAGUGAAGAGGCAAAUGCAGAAAAAGAGUUGAAAAAGUUGAAAUUGGAAAUAGGCACCUUGGAAGAAAAGUUGAAUGCUAGUGUGCAGAAGAACAGUGACCUAUUGUCUGCAGAAGAAACUCUCAAGUUUAAACAUUUGGAACUGACAACUAACCUCAAAGAGGUUAACGAAAAUGUGAAACAUCUAGAAACUACUAAUUCUAGUCAGGCUGAUGAACUUGGAGCUUUGAAGUCUGAAUGUGAACAACUGAAAUUAGCAGCAGAAAAAGCAAAUCAGGACUUGUCUAAGAAAUUGAAGCAAGCUGAAACAGAUGGACAUGACAUUGUGAAACUUGAGGCCCAGAGUGUUAAGCUUAGAGCAGAACUUGUAGAAGAGAAAACAGAAACAGAACGUUUAUGCAACCAACUACAUCUUAUGGAAGAUAAAAAUAGUGAAAAAUUAAAAAAUUAUGAGCAAAUUGUGCAGAAACAAGAGAAGCAGUUAGAUGAAUUGAAAAAAGAUAAAGCAUCAUUGCAAGGCAAAUUACAACUGUCUGUCAACAAUGCAAGACGUCUUGGAGAUGACAUCAAUAAGUUGCAAAAGCAUAUUCAAGAAUUAGACAAAUCUAAUGGAAAAUGCACAAAAAGCCCCCCAAAGGAGAGGAAGACAAUGAAAGUAAAUGAUCAAGUGUUGCCUAAGCUAACCAGGAGUAGAAAUUUGAAGAUUGAUGAAGCCAAACAAAAGGUAGCUAUCAAAAGUCAGUGUGUGCAGAAACAAGAAGAGGAGACAAGUGACCAUGUAAAUCUGAACAAACGCAAAAAGGCUAGUUCAGACGAAGACUCAUCCUGUAAACGUUCAGCUGUUGAUAGCAGCGAAGAUGAACCAAUGCCAAUCCUGAAACCAGUACGUCGCACUCGCCAGCUUCCACCAAAGAGAGGAAGAGGAGCACAAUUGUCUACUGAAAAUAAGAGUACCAGUGUCACAUCAAAAUCCCUGAUUGUGAAGGACGAACAGGUGGCAGAUACCAAACCAUUUACAAGAAGUAGAGCAUCCAUGAUAAGACAGGGACCUGAUGCUCUGUCUACAAUCACGAACAGUCCAAAGAAAGAUUCAUCCACACUGGCAAGUAGGAAAAGAUUAGGAGCAGCUCAAAGAUCCCUCACCUUUCAAAAGGGGUCUGAAAUAAUUGCUUCAUCAGAAGAGCCAAACACUGAAUAUGAUGAGGAAAACUGCAAGAUACAAUAAAAUGGAUGGCCUACAACUGUUUCUUUUAUGCAUUCCCUCAAUUUUCUUCAAAAUUAUUUUGCGUAUGUAAGUACUGUAAUCCAUGUUGAUAAAGCUUAGCAGGAGUAAGUAUUGAUAGACUUCAUACAUUCAAGGAAUGACUUUCUAUAACUAGGCCUAAUCAAUACACAAUGUUGAUUCUUUAAAGAUUUUAAAAAUGUUGAUAUUGAAGUGUCAUACAGCGUUUUAAAUAAUAGCGUUUAUAGUUGCCUUUAAACUAAUGACUGUCCUGGUAACCAUAAAUAGUUAGACUUAAGAGCACCUUAUGCAUUUUGCAACAAUAAUAAUGAUAAUAAUAAUAAUAGGCAAACCUUUGGUUUUAAGAUUUUAUGUGCAGUAUUUCACGAAAAUUAUUAUAUCUUAAUUAAUGUAAACAACUUUUCCGCUUAAAUCACAUGGCUUUCUUGGGGUUUUUUUCCAUCCAAACCUUAAAAUAUAAUAAAUAAUAUACAGUAUAUGAUAAAUCAAUAUUUUACUUUCUUAGUUAUUAUUGAUUUGACUGGUAAUUGUUGUAGUAAUAUGCUAUUUUAUACAGUAGCUUCAUUCAUACAUGUCUAGUUCCCAGAAUUUUUGGAAUGUGUAGCAUUAUUUGAGGUGUGUAGCACAGAGGGAGAGGGUUUGACGGUCUUCCGUCAGAUAGACUAUGGGCCACCAUAAUGCUGUUAAUAGGUCAUAUCUGAUGGAAUUGGUCC